UUGCCUCAUCCCAGGACCCAUGGACUAAAUGGAUGUUAAAACCACCUUUCUCGCCAAGUUUACCACUCAUCAUAGUCCAAUCAUCAUAGUCCAAUCAUCAUAGUCCAAUCAUCAUAGUCCAAUCAUCAUAGUCCAAUCAUCAUAGUCCAAUCAUCAUAGUCCAAUCAUCAUAGUCCAAUCAUCAUAGUCCAAUCAUCAUAGUCCAAUCAUCAUAGUCCAAUCAUCAUAGUCCAAUCAUCAUAGUCCAAUCAUCAUAGUCCAAUCAUCCAGGAAAUGCAGGAUCUUUGAACAUGAACAAUCUGUUCCUCUCCUUCAGCUGAGACAGACUGCCAGUCAGUAACCACAUAGUGUAACAGUCUCUCUAUCAUCUUUUGGAGGAUCACUUAGUCUCAGUAUCUCACCUUUAACCCCUCAACCCCCAGCCCUUGACCCUUAACCCCUGACCCCUAACCAUGUACGGCAGCUCCCGCUCCGUUGCCAAGAUGGAGGGCAACAACGGCAGCAGUCAGAGUCCUGGUCGCUCCCCCUGCCUGCCCCGCUCCCCGCGCCUCGGCCACCGUCGCACCAACAGUACAGGAGGCCCUGGGGGAAAGACUCUCUCCAUGGAGAACAUCCAGUCUCUGAACGCGGCCUAUGCCACCUCCGGACCCAUGUACCUCAGUGACAACGAGGUCAUCUCUCAACAGACCCAGGCCUAUCCCAACCCCAACCACGACCCUAGCCUGCCCAAGAGCACCAUGACCCUGGGUCGCUCCGGAGCAAAGCUCCCUUACGGCGUCCGGACAACCGCCAUGGGUUCCAACCCCAACAUCAGCCAGGGAGGUGGAGGCUCGUCCAUGCCCAGUGACAGCAUCGUGUUUGGGUGUGACCACGUGUCCUCGUCCCAGUCCAGCCUCCAGCAGGCGUCCACGGUGCCUCACUCCUUACGCCAAACCAGAGACAACACCAUCAUGGACCUCCAGACCCAGCUGAAGGAGGUGCUGAGGGAGAACGAGCUCCUCCGGGGGGAGGUGGAUGUGAAGGAGAGCAAGCUGAGCUCUUCCAUGAACUCCAUCAAGACCUUCUGGAGCCCCGAGCUGAAGAAGGAGAGAGCCCUGAGGAAGGACGAGGUGUCCAAGAUCUCUGUCUGGAAGGAGCAGUACAGAGUGGUGCAGGACGAGACUCAGCACCUCCAGAUGACUGUGCAGGCCCUGCAGGAUGAGCUGAGAACUCAGAGAGAUCUGAAUCAGUUGUUCCAGCAGGACUGUAGUGGAGGGAGACCUGGAGAACCUCUGUCAUUCGAACCCACUGAGGAGAACUUCCACAGGCUCCAAGCUGAACACCAGAGACAGGCCAAAGAGUUGUUCCUCCUGAGGAAGACGCUGGAGGAGAUGGAGUUGAGGAUCGACAGUCAGAAACAGACCCUGGGGGCCAGAGACCAGUCUAUCAAGAAACUACUGGAGAUGCUGCAGAGCAAAGGUCUGUCAGCCAAGGCCUCAGAGGAAGACCAUGAGAGGACCAGGAGACUGGCUGAGGCUGAGAUGCACAUCCACCACCUAGACAGUCUACUGGAACAGAAAGACAAGGAGACCAACGCCCUACGAGAGGAGCUGCACCGACGGAGCUAUGAAGGAGCCCCUGAAUCAGCCAAGACCAAGGCCCUGCAGACCGUCAUCGAGAUGAAGGACUCUAAGGUCCAGUCUCUGGAGCGAGGUCUGAGGGACCUGGAGGAAGAGAUUGAGAUGUUAAAGUCUAACGGGGCUCUGAGCACUGAGGAGAGAGAGGAGGAGAUUAAACAAAUGGAGGUGUACAGAUCCCACUCCAAGUUCAUGAAGAACAAGGUAGAGCAGCUGAAGGAGGAGCUGUCUCAGAGAGAGGUCCAGGGGGAGGAGCUUAAGCAGAAGGCUGCCGACCUGCAGCAGGAAGUGUCGGCCAUUGACCAGGUAAAGCAGGACCUCAGCAGGAAGGAGACGGAGCUGAUGGGGAUGAGGACCAAGCUGGAGACUCUCACCAACCAGUUCUCAGACAGCAAACAGCACAUCGAGGUCCUCAAGGAGUCACUGACCGCUAAGGAACAGCGCUCUACUAUCAUCCAGACAGAGGUGGAUGCUCUUCGUCUGCGUCUGGAAGAGAAAGAUUCCCAGCUGAAUAAGAAGUCGAACCAGAUCCAGGAGACGUCUGAGGAGAAGGGGACGCUCAGCAGAGAGGUACACGACCUCAAGGACAUGCUGGAGGUCAAGGAGCGCAAGGUCAACGUCCUGCAGAAGAAG